CAGGGGAGGUCUUAGUCGCCGUGAGAGCCAUACACCCCUCACCUGCACACACAUACAUAACACACAUACACUCACAUAUACACUCGCCACACGCCUCCACCUCCUGCGCCGUCCCCAUUCAUCCCAGCGCACAUCCUCUACGGUAGUGUGGCCGGAUGAGCUACCCGGUGGACACUAUAGGAAGUCCCUUCAGGAGAGUUAUGGAUACUAGAACGAGCUACGGCUACGGCCGCUCCGUCGGCACCCCUUCCAGCGGUUUUCGAUCCCAGUCCUGGUCCCGGGCUAGCCCCGGUUCCACCAUGACCACGUCCUACAAGAGGAGCGUGAAUGUGCCGGUGUCCCGCACAUACGGCUCAACGGUGCUCAGCUCCGCCGACAGCGUUGAUUAUAGUCAAGCCUCCAUCAUGAACGGAGACUUCAAGAGAUCUAACGAGAAAGAGCAACUUCAAGGGCUCAACGACCGGUUUGUUGUUUACAUUGACAAGGUGCACUACCUGGAGCAGCAGAACAAGCAGAUCGAGGCGGAGAUCCAGGCACUGCGGCAGAAGCAGGUGUCGCGCCCCCAGCUGGAAGACCUCUAUGACCAGGAGCUGCAGGAGCUGCGCUCCAUGCUGGAGCAAAUCCACCAUGACAAGGCGCAAAUUCAGCUCGACACCGACCAUAUCGAGGAGGACAUCCAGCGGUUCAGGGACCGCUUCGAGGAAGAGGCUCGCAUCCGUGAGGAGACCGAGGCCAUUAUCCGCAUCCUGAAGAAGGACAUGAGCGACUCGGAGUUGGUGAAGUCCGAGUUGGAAAAGAAAGUUCAGUCGCUGCAGGAUGAGAUCGCCUUCAUCCGCAACAACCACGAGGAAGAGGUGAGCGACCUCAUCGCCCAGAUCCAGGCGUCCCAGGUGACCGUGGAGAGGAAAGACCUCCAGAAGGCGGACAUCACCGAGGCGCUGCGGGAGAUCCGCUGCGAGCUGGAGGGUCACUCCAACCAGAACCUGCAGCAGGUGGAGAAUUGGUUCAUGUGCCGCUACGCCAAACUCACCGAGGCUGCGGAGCAGAACAAGGACGCAAUAAAGUCUGCCCGUGAUGAGAUCGCCGACUACCGCCGCCAGCUGCAGUCCAAGACGGUGGAGUUGGAGUCCGUUCGCGGGACGAGGGAGUCUCUGGAGAGGCAGCUGAAUGACAUCGAGGACCGCCACAACAGCGACCUGGCCAGCCUGCAGGAGACAAUUCACCAGCUGGAUAAUGAGCUCAAGAGCACCAAAUGGGAGAUGGCUCGCCACCUGCGUGAAUACCAGGACCUGCUCAAUGUCAAGAUGGCCUUGGAUAUUGAGAUUGCUGCAUACAGGAAACUCCUAGAGGGUGAGGAGACCCACUUCAGCACUUACCCUUACCGGCAGCCGGUCACUUCCACCAAAAUCUCUAAACCUAAAGAAACCAAGCUGAAAGUGCAGCAUAAGUUCGUAGAAGAGAUCAUCGAGGAGACGAGGGUGGAGGAUGAGAAGGCAGACCUGGACGAGGAACUGGCAGAGAUUGCGCAAGAGCUGUCUGCUAAGCCGGUAGAGGAGGCAGAGGAGGGAGAGGAGGAAGAGGCAGAGGAGGAAGGUGAGGGAGAGGAAGCAGAGGCAGAGGAGGGAGAAGGAGAAGAAGGCGGUGAAGAGGAGGAGGUCGUAGCCGCCAGUGAAGCCAAAGUUAGCGCCAGCGAACCCUCUAAGGAGGAAGAGGAGGGUGGUGAUGAGGGAGAGGAGGGAGAAGGCGAGGGAGGUGAGGAGGAAGAGAAGGAAGAAGGUGAGGAAGAAGGUGAGGGAGAAGAUGAGGGAGAUAAGGGUGGUGAUGACGAAGAAGGAGGUGAUGAAGAAGGAGGGGAAGCAGGAGAGGAGGAGGAAGUUGAGGAGACAGUGCUGUGCUCCAAAGCUCCAGAGUCCAAAGCUUCUCCUGACAAAGAGAAGGCCGGAGACAAAGAGGGCAGCGGAGGAGAGGAGGAAGUCGCUGCUGAAGAGGAAGCUGGAGAGAAGGAUAAAAGUGGAGAUGAGAAAGACGACAAAGAGGAUGCAGACAAAGACGAAAAAGAAGACGAGAAGACAGUAAAAGAUGAGAAAGAGGAUGAGAAAUCAGAAAAAGCUGUAGCUAAGACCGAAGCUCCGAAAACAGAGGCAAAGCCUGAGGCCAGCAAGGAAGAGGAUGCCAAGACAGAGGCAUCAAAACCUGAAUCCCCCAAAGCUGAAUCUCCAAAGGCUGGCUCCCCCAAGUCUGAAUCCCCCAGACCUGAAUCACCAAAAGCUGGCUCCCCUAAGUCUGAAUCCCCCAAACCCGAAUCUCCAAAAGCUGGCUCCCCCAAGUCUGAAUCCCCCAAGCCUGAAUCUCCUAAAGCCGAAUCUCCAAAGGCUGGUUCCCCCAAGUCCGAAUCCCCCAAACCUGAAUCUCCUAAAGCUGAAUCUCCAAAGGCUGGUUCCCCCAAGUCUGAAUCCCCCAAACCUGAGUCCCCAAAAGCUGAAUCUCCAAAGGCUGGCUCACCCAAAUCGGAAUCACCUAAACCCGAAUCUCCUACACCAGAAUCUCCCAAGUCUGCUUCCCCUAAAGCCGAGUCCCCCAAAGAGGGCUCACCAAGGCCUGGAUCCCCAAAGCCCAGCUCCCCAAAAGCUGAGUCCCCAAAGACAGAGACCGCCAAACCCGAGGCUCCCAAAGCUGCCGAAGACAAGUCAGAGAAGAAGAGCGACUCAAAGCCCGAAGAGAAGGCAGUAGAAAAGAAGGAUGUUGCCAUGAAUGGCGACAUAGACAAGGCCAGCCCGGAAGAGAAGAAAGACGAGGGGAAAGACGUGGACGUGAUCACAAACGGCGUAGAUGAGAGCCCCGUGAAGGAAGAUGGCAGCCAGAAAGUGGUCAUAACCAAGACCGUGGAGACGAUCACCACCGGAGAGGAUGGGUCCAAGCACGUCGUCAAGUCGGUCACUGUGACAGAAACAGUGAAGGAGGUUGAGGAGACCAUGCAGGAGAAGAUGGUGUCCUCCAAGAAGACGGAGAAGCAGUCCACCACCCAGUCUAUCAAGCAGGUCACAGAAGCUGACUGAGCAGACCCUGGAAGUCCGAUCCAGACCAAGAGCAGGAGGACAAGGAGCGGGGUUACAAGAAAAACACGACAAGCAAUCAAUCCAGAACUAACAUAACAAAGAAAAUCAUACAGCUAGAGCGAAGUAAUAAAGAUAACCACUCUCAAACAUAUGGAAAUCAUAGAGAGAAGCCAAAACUUAAAAUGCUACAAAACUUCAAAAAUGCAUGUUGAGUGAAAGCUUUAAAUGGGCUUCGCUGCAGACGCAGUCAGGAGCAAGCGACUGAGACAUUUUAUCCUCUUUUUCUUUCUUUCUGCAGUUCACGGGCGAGCUCACGGGUAGGAGGGAGGGGGGUCUCUGCAUGCUAGCUCAGGGGAGGGGAGUACUUUCCUCUCUUAUCUGUAUGUAUGGUAGAAAUACACUGUAAAAUGAGUAAAUAUGUACACGGAAUAACUGAAAUGUGGGUGGGAGAGUGAAAGAACUAUUAUUCAUGCUGUGAAGAAUUAUGAGUUCAAACUGGGGGGGACAGGCAGUUGGGAGGGUCCUCGACGCAGACACGUACUCUACUGAAGAAGCCUUACUUGACAUGUGAAGACACCAACUGAGCCAAAAAAGAAACAAUUAAUACACAACAUACAGUGAAGAAAGACACAGGCAGCGCUGCAAUGAACACUUGACCAUACACAUCCAGAAGCAGUUAAAUCUUAACAAACCUGAAGAAACUCCUAGCCUUAAACAUGCUUUUUAUCAGUGUCUGUUAUGUUUACCUGAGUGCAACUGAAAAAGAAUAUAUAACUGUAAAUGCGUAGAUAUGUGCAUUCUUGUAUGCAUAGGAUGGACUUGAAUUUAAAUACAGAAAUAAAUGAGGUGCUACUGUUUGCAAUCCCAUGACUUUACGCAUCAUGAACGAUGUCCCAGCAGCAUUUGCUCAAUAAAUGUCAUAAAGAA